AUGCCAAUUACUAGCACCGUGCUCCUCCGUAUGCUCCGGGGAUGUAAGAACUUCCGAUGUCUUCUUCAAGUUCACGGUAGCUUGAUCGUUUCAGGUCUUAAACCCUAUAACCAGCUCGUAAACGCUUAUUCUCUCUUUCAAAGGCCCGACCUUUCUCGCAUCAUCUUCGAUUCAGUUCAAGACCCAGGUGUUGUUUUGUGGAAUUCCAUGAUCAGAGGAUACACAAGAGCUGGUUUGCAUAGAGAAGCUCUCAAAUUCUUCGGUUACAUGUCAGAGGUGAAAGGUAUGGAACCAGACAAGUACACUUUCACUUUUGCUUUGAAAGCUUGUGCCGGAUCUAUGGACUUUGAGGAAGGUUUACGAAUACAUGAUUUGAUUGUGGACAUGGGUUUUGAGUCUGAUGUUUAUAUAGGGACUGCUUUAGUUGAAAUGUAUUGUAAAGCUGGGGACUUGAUUUCUGCUAGACAAGUGUUCGAUAAAAUGCCUGAGAAGGAUAUAGUUACUUGGAACAUUAUGGUUUCCGGGAUGGCUCAAAAUGGAUGUCCUGGUGAAGCCUUGCGGUUGUUUCGUGAUAUGCAUUUGAGUUGUGUUGAUAUUGAUCAUGUUAGUAUGUAUAAUCUGAUCCCUGCGGUUUCAAAGUUAGGGGACAAUGGUGUGUGUAGAUGUCUUCAUGGAUUUGUGAUAAGGAAAGGUUUUGCCUCUGCUUUCUCUAAUGGGUUGAUUGACAUGUAUUGCAAAUGCGGGGAUUUAUGUGCUGCUGAAUGCAUCUUUGAAGAAGUGUGGAGCAAAGAUGACUCUUCGUGGGGAACGAUGAUGACAGCUUAUGCACACAGUGGGUCCUUCGAGGAGGUAUUGAAGUUGUUUGAUCGUAUGAAACACUAUGAUGUUAGAACAAAUAAGGUAGCUGCAGCAAGUGCUCUUCAAGCUGCUGCAUAUGUAGGGGACUUGGAGAAGGGGAUUUCAAUUCAUGAAUAUGUAGUGCAACAAGGAAUGAUGAGUGAUGUCUCGGUUGCAACUUCUCUUAUUAGUAUGUAUGCCAAAUGUGGUGAAUUAGAGAUAGCGGAACAAUUGUUCUUAAAUAUUAAAGAUAGAGAUGUCAUUUCUUGGUCUGCCAUGAUUGCUUCGUUUGAGCAAGCAGGUCAGCACGAUGACGCGCUCUCUUUGUUCAGGGAUAUGAUGACAAUACAUGUCAAGCCUAAUGCUGUAACUUUGACAAGUGUGCUUCCAGCUUGUGCAGGAAUCGAUGCCUCUAGAUUGGGUAGGAGCAUACAUUGUUAUACGAUAAAAGCUGAUAUUGAUUCUGAGUUGGCAACUGCCACAGCUAUCAUUUCAAUGUAUGCUAAAUGCGGUCUCUUUGCUCCUGCGCUCAGAGUUUUUGAAAGACUGCCAAUUAAAGAUGCUGUAGCAUUCAACGCUCUUGCACAAGGCUAUACCCAGAUUGGUGAUUCUGCUAAAGCAUUUGAUGUGUACAAUAACAUGAAGUUACAUGGAGUAUGCCCAGAUUUAGGAACUAUGGUUGGUAUGCUUCAAACUUGUGCACUCUGUAGUGACUAUGAUCGAGGUUCUUGUGUCUACGGGCAAAUUAUAAAGCAUGGGUUUGAUUCAGAAUGUCACGUUGCACAUGCUCUGAUUGGUAUGUUCACCAAAUGUGAUGCCCUCGCUGCAGCAAAAUCCUUGUUUGGCAAGUGUGGAUUCGAGAAAAGUACUGUAUCUUGGAAUAUAAUGAUGAAUGGGUACUUACUCCAUGGCCAAGCUGAAGAAGCUCUUGCCGCUUUUCAUCAGAUGAAGGUUGAGAAUUUUCAGCCAAACACAGUCACAUUUGUUAACAUCUUACACGCAGCAGCACAAUUAGCAGCGUCGCAAGUAGGAAAGUCGGUUCAAGCCAAUCUCCUUCGGUUUGGACUUUGUUCCCACACGCUCAUAGGAAACAGUCUAGUUGACAUGUACGCGAAAUGUGGAAUGCUAGGAUAUUCCGAGAGAUGCUUUAAAGAGAUAAGAAACAAAGACAUGGUUUCAUGGAACACAAUGCUAUCUGCUUACGCAGCCCACGGUCUAGCAAGCUGUGCGAUCUCGCUCUUCUUGUUCAUGCAAGAAAACAAACUCAAACUAGACUCUGUUUCCUUUCUCAGUCUUCUUUCAGCUUGUAGACAUGCGGGUUUAGUUGAAGAAGGAAAGCAAAUAUUCAAGGAAAUGGAAGAGAGACACAAGAUCAAAGCAGAAGUCGAACAUUACGCGUGUAUGGUUGAUCUAUUAGGGAAGGUUGGUUUGUUUGGCGAAGCUGUGGAAAUGGUGAGAAGAAUGAGAGUGAAAGCAAGUGUAGGAGUAUGGGGAGCUUUAUUGACUUGUUCAAGAAUGCAUUGUAAUUUAUGGUUAAGUAAUGCUGCAUUGUGUCAACUUGUUAAACUUGAACCACUUAAUCUUUCUCAUUAUGAUCAAGAAUGGAGAUUAAGAGAGGCUAAUGAUGGAACAAGAAUGAAGAAAGUUCUUGCUUGUAGUUGGAUCCAAGUUUAA